AUGUCUGAUAUAGGACAGGAGAUCAUCGAUUUUCAUUCUCACGGUGAUAGAAACUAUUGUGACGAUAGUAUUGAAAACCCUGGAAUUCGAAUGCAAGAUGCAAUUUCUCAUUAUAUCCAUCCAAGUGACAUCAUUCAAACUUCUUCAUGA